AUGGGGAGCCUAUUGGAGAAGAACUCCGAGUCGGUACGAAAGCGGAUCGAGGCUCACAACUUCGAAAAUGAGGAAGGCGACGAGUAUGAGGGUUCCAAGUUUGGAGGAUUUUCGGAUUACUUCCGCCGCAAGAAGAUAAAGCUUCAGAAUCUGGACGCAGAGGUCCGGUCAUCGUCCGUUGGCAAACCACAAAUCUUCCGAGGUAUCGUGGCGCAAGUAAAUGGGUAUACCCAACCAUCAUUGAACGAUCUCCAUCAUCUCAUUGUCAGUCAUGGCGGUGGGUUCAUGCAAUAUCUUGACGGAAAGACGACAGUCACUCAUAUCAUCGCUGCGAAUCUAACCCCGAAGAAGGCUAUCGAAUUUCGUAGGUAUCGAAUCGUCAAGCCGGCGUGGGUUGUGGAUAGCGUGAAAGCUGGGAAGCUGUUACCAUGGGACUCUUACCGGGUACUCGAUGAAGGGUCCGGUCAACGUUUACUAGGAUUCGACGAAGGUCGAAUGGUUAGUCAGGCCAAUACCCAGCAAAGGGGCUACCGGGACCAAACGAGUACCAGUUGGUACACGAGCCAAGUCAAAAAUGUCGCAGAUGAUAUAGACGAUGAUGAGGGAGCCCAUUUCCCGAGUACUCAAUCAGUCGCUUUCAACGGAACAGGGACUUAUAUGAAUGAUUCUCCGGACCAACCGAGGGAAAGCAUCGAAGCCGCCGCAGAGAAGCUAAAAGGUAUUCCUGACGAGAAUCCCGUCUCAUCUGGGAACUUUGAGGUCACAUCAUCGUUGGAAGAUGCAUUGAACCAUGUAGUAGCUGGUGAGAAUCCAACACCCGAGACACUGGUAACAGAGACAAAAGUCGAGGACAUACCCCCUCACAUGAGGACGCCGUCUGAAGCUGGAGCCGGUAUAAUAGAGAACCCACUACCCGAAGAUGCUACCCCUUCCGCCCUUCCCACUCCAGAAGUUCACUCACGUUCUCGCAAGCGACCCCAUGACAUUGAGAUGGAAUCUCCUUCCAAGAAAGCCAAAAUACUGACUGCUGAAGAGCACAAUGCGAUUUUACUGGCAGACCCGCAUAUCAGGAAAUCAUCGACAGCCAAUCCAGAAUUUAUCAAACAGUACUAUUCAGAGUCUCGUCUGCAUCACCUAUCAACCUGGAAAUCCGAUCUCAAAUCUCGCUUUCAACAAAUGGCAGCCGAGAAAUCAGCUUCGCAGCGGCAGCACGUCAAACGUAAACCAGGCGCCAGAAGAUACAUCAUGCAUGUAGAUUUCGACAGCUUCUUCUGUGCAGUCUCCCUCAAAAGCGCGCCAGAGUAUGUUGACAAGCCAGCGGUAGUAGCCCAUGGAAGCGGUACUGGGUCUGAAAUCGCUAGCUGCAACUACCCUGCGCGCGAGUUUGGUGUCAAAAAUGGAAUGUGGAUGAAGAACGCUUUAAAGCUGUGUUCAAACAUCAAAGUCCUUCCUUACGACUUUCCUGCUUACGAAGAAGCUAGUGAAGGUUUCUACGAGGCUAUUCUGGACGUUGGGGGUGUUGUGCAAAGUGUUAGUGUUGACGAGGCCCUCGUCGAUAUCACUUUUCUGUGCCUACCUGCGGGUGGCACUAAUGGAUUUGGGAUCGAGGAGGGCAGUAUCUGGCGUGAGCAGGAGAAAGCGGAUGAGAUCGCUCACAAUCUUCGAUCACGAAUCAAGGAAAAGACGGGAUGUGCGGUCUCAGUUGGAAUAGGUGGGAAUAUUCUUUUAGCAAAAGUGGCACUCCGAAAGGCCAAACCUGCGGGACAACACCAAAUCAAACCCGAGGAAGUGUUGGACUUCAUUGGGGAGCUGACUAUCCAGAGUCUGCCAGGAGUCGCUUACAGCAUUGGAGGGAAAUUAGAGGAAAUCGGGGUGAGGUUUGUCAAAGACGUUCGUCAAUUGAACAAGGAUCGUUUAAUGACAGUUCUUGGGCCUAAAACCGGAGAGAAGAUCUGGGACUAUUCUCGUGGUAUCGACAGAACCGAAGUUGGAGAGCAAGUUCUCCGCAAGUCGGUAUCUGCCGAAGUCAACUGGGGAAUCAGAUUUAUAUCCCAGCCUGAAGCCGAAGAAUUUGUUCAAAACCUCUGCAUUGAGUUGCAACGUCGCCUUAUCGAGCAAAGAGUAAGGGGGAGACAGCUCACUAUGAAAAUUAUGAAAAAAGCAGCAGAUGCACCGCUAGACCCGCCAAAACAUCUGGGACAUGGGAAAUGUGACACUUACAACAAGAGUAUCGUUCUCGGAGUAGCUACGAACAGUGCUGAAGUCAUCGGACGCGAGGCAAUCUCUGUACUCCGCAGUUACGGAUUUUCACCUGGAGAGCUUCGUGGUCUUGGUGUUCAAAUGACGAAGUUAGAUCCUGUCAAGUUUGCCGGUAAUGCUGUCGUGGAAGGCAGCCAAAGACGCAUAAACUUUGGAGCACCUGCUACACCCAAAUUAGUCAAGCAGGUCACCGAGGAUCCUAUUGAUGAUCCCAUGACGCCAGAGCAGUCAAAAGCCACGCCUUCCUGUCGAGAGGGACCCGGUGUCACACUAUUUAAGGAUCAGAUUGAUGGGUCGGCUACCUUGGAGAAAACCAAAUCGGCAGCUCCACGAUGGCUGAAAAGCGAUGACCCUAUCGAUGAUUUGGAGAGCCCACAGAAAGCAAAAGCCACACCAGUUCAUCCAGCAGCUGCAAUUGCCAGAGCUAAUGCUGCUGACCAAAGUGCCAAGAAGUUCUUGAACCUUACUGGUACCCAAUUCAUCAUUCCCACGCAAAUAGAUCCAGCAGUGUUAGCGGAGCUCCCCCAAGACAUAAGGUCUAAGCUCAUGGCACAGCACAAAAGCAGACUUGUAUCAAGAGACCAGCCUCUAGCUUUCAAAUUACCUUCUCGGAGUCCAAGUCCUGAAGCGUCCAACGCACCUCUACCUUCACAACUCGACCCCGAAGUCUUCGAUGCCCUCCCAGAAGAAAUGAAAGCCGAAAUCCUCGCCUCAUACACAGCACACGCAGAACUUCCUCUCCCUCGAGCACAAAGCAUCCUCCCCCAAUCACCUCGUAAACCCCGCGCCCUCAAACGCACAACGCCAACCAAAACCCGCCGCGGACGGCCACGAAGGUUCGACGCUGCCCGCAAACAAGACGCCCACUCCAACUUCACACAGUCAAACUUUGUACCCCGUGACCCCUUCCGCGCACCCUCCGACUCGGAAGGCGACGAAAUGCUAGACCCGGAUUUCCUUUCGGCGCUGCCAGACGACAUGCGCCAAGAAAUCAUCGACGAGCAUCGACGGAAGCGUCUCGUUAAGAAAGGGGGGCUAGGCCUGCUGCCUCCCAAGAAGCGGAAAGUGCCUGAAGCUCCUGUAUUAGGACAGCGGAGGAUAAAGUUGCCACCCAAAGAGCGGAAACCGACGUUCACGACGCAGGAACUGAGUACGUUGCCGGAACUUAGGGAGACGCUGAGUGCGUGGCAUAACGAGUUUGCGGGUGAUGGGCCGCAUCCUGAGGAUGUAGCUGCUAUGGAGCGGUAUUUGCGGCGCGUUGUACUGUAUGAGCGGGAUGUGGGUAAGGUUGUUGGGGUUGUGAAGUGGAUAACCUGGCUUAUUGACGAGUCGCCCGACAAUGAGGGGAAACGGGCUUGGGGAAAGGCGUUAGAGGGCGUUAAAGAGAAAGUGCAAGAUGCGGUUCGGGAACGGGGGAUUGGGGUAGUGGAAUUAUAA